AAUAAAUGCUCUUGGAAGACACAGUUCAAAUGCUGAUAAUCGUUAAAAGUCUCUCGGUUCUGAUAAGUGAUAACAGAUUCUGUGGUCAGCAAUCAAAGUGAACAAUAUCGCGCCCACUCUUUUUCGAGCAAUAGAAAAAAAGAACACUCAGCCACACAUAGCCUUUUAAUUGUCGUUCGGUAGCCACUGGCAUUAUUCAUCCCGUACCGUUCAGAUUUGCCUGGCAAGCGUUCGUCGUCAUCCGCCGUCCACCAGUUUUGCCUAAUCGCGCCCUUCAAGUGCUCAUUGUUUCGUGUGUGAGAUAAGUGAAUAUUUGCUGAAGUAAGACACACUUGCAGUACAGACGGCAAUUUGAUACCUGUGGAAAGCUAAUCUUCAUCGAAUAUUUCCAACGCGUAGUAUUUCGUUUUUGGGGGCGGUCCGGUGGCCGAGGCGACAGCGACGCCGGUCUUCACACGGCAGGGCUGGGGUUCAAAUCCAGACCAUCAAGACCGCCUCCCCGUACGCUGACUACUUUGCUACAGCUCACUUAGCUUACCGUUUUGCUUCCAUCUCCGAAACGCACGCGCACUACGUACGAAAAUGGCCGUCUUUCAAAUGGGGUCCCACACGCACGCCAUUCCGAUGACGUUGUACCGAGACAACCGGGCGAAGGUGGUCAAUGAACUGCAGCGUGCCCAUAAUUUUGGGGCGGAUGCGAAGCCCGUGAUCCUGCUGCAGGGUGGCGAUAACAUUAGUCACUACGAUACGGAUGUCGAUUACGUUUUCCGACAGGAAUCUUACUUCACGUACCUGUUCGGUGUGACGGAACCGGGUUGCUACGGAACGGUUGAGCUCAACACCGGACGUUCGGUGCUGUACGUGCCACGUCUGCCGGAAGAGUAUGCCGUUUGGAUGGGACCGCUGCUUGGUUUGGAGGAUUUCAAGCAGAAGUACGAAGUGGACGCCGUACAUUACGUCGAUGAGAUUGACAAGUGUCUUGCUGCUGUGGAACCAUCGGUGCUGCUUCUCUUGAGUGGACCAAAUUCUGAUAGUGGAGCGGUGGCAAAGCCGGCUUACUUCAAGGGUAUCGAAAGCUUUGUCUCGGAUACUGAUAUCUUGUUCCCGGUGAUUGCAGAAUGCCGCGUAAUCAAAUCUCCGGCCGAAAUCGAAAUCCUGCGCUAUGUGGCACGCGUUUCAUCAGACGCGCACAAAGCCGUAAUGAAGAUUAUGAAACCGGGCAUGCACGAGUACCAGGCUGAGGCCGAAUUUCUGCACCACUCGUACGCCGUCGGGGGUUGUCGGCACGUGUCGUACACGUGCAUCUGUGGUGCCGGUACCAACUCCGCCAUCCUGCACUACGGCCAUGCUGGGUCGCCGAACGACUGUGCCGUGCGGGACGGUGACAUGUGUCUGUUCGACAUGGGCGCCAACUACGGUGGUUACGCAGCGGACAUUACGUGCAGCUUCCCAGCGAACGGAAAGUUCACCGAAGACCAGAAGAUUGUGUACAAUGCUGUGCUCGCUGCCCGGGAUGCCGUGUGUGGCGCUGCCCGCGAAGGGGUAUCUUGGGUGGACAUGCAUCUGCUCGCCAACCGCGUAAUGCUGGAGGAGCUGCGCAAAGGCCAACUGUUGCAGGGCAAUGUGGACGAGAUGAUGGAGGCCGGCUUGAAUGCCAUCUUUCAACCGCAUGGACUCGGACACUUCCUGGGACUGGAUGUGCACGACGUCGGUGGCUAUCUGCCCGGCUGUCCGGAACGAUCUUCCAGGGCCGGGGUUAAUCGGCUGCGCACGGCCCGCACGUUAAAGGCGGGCAUGUAUUUGACCAUCGAGCCCGGUUGCUACUUUAUCGAGUCGCUGCUGAACAAGGCGUACUCAGAUCCUAGUCUCAGCAAGUUUUUGGUGAAGGAAAAUCUGAACCGCUUCCGCAACUUUGGUGGUGUCCGUAUCGAGGAUGAUGUGCUGAUCACCAAGACCGGCAUCGAAAACUUCACUUUCGUCCCGAGAACUGUGGAAGAAAUCGAAGCCUGGAUGGCGGCCAAGUAAAACAAAACGCUCCAACAAAAUACGGUGGAUGCAAUUGAGGUGCUUCACACUUAUCCGCAUGUUAUCCAUUAAUGGCAAGCGACAUGGCGACUGGCCUUUUUAUUCGUUUCAAUUUGAUACUUCCUUUGUAUUUUGAAAAAUAUAAUUGAAUAAAGCAAGCUUCGUAUGCAAACAGAAA